UUCAAUGCCUCGGGAAACUGGUCGAGAUAGAUGAAAGCACCGUUUCAUCAAAAAUUCAAUAUCCCUCUAAACAUAUGAGUCCUUAGGCUUCGUUUGGCCAUACAGGAAAAAACACCAGAAUGAGGAAUUUACACGAGAGAGAAUACACGUUUUAUUAGAAAAAAAAAAACUGGGUGUUAAUCAAAUCUAAACAUGGCCUACGUUUUCACGCAUUUCGCUUAAGUCCGCAACCCGCGGAAGCUUUACCCAAAAAAACAGAAAAAAAAGAAAAAAGGAAAAAGAGAGGUUGCGCCUUGCGAGUGAGAGUGGAAUGUGUAGAGGUAAUUGAACAGCGGCGAUGGCUCUUCGGUCGCUCUUCGGCAGCCUCAGACGCCAAAACCCUCCAUUUCGGCAGCUUUAUUUAGGGAAGAAGGGACGGUGGAGAUCGCUAUCUUCGGGCGCCUUGACCAGCGAUGAACUUGAAGAAUCUCCUCCUACGGGCGAUCUGAAGAGUUGCAUCUUUAGGCUCAGAUUUCCCAAGAGAAGCGCGACGGCUGUGAUUCAGAAAUGGAUUGGCGAAGGGAAUAAAGUCACACUUUCUGAGCUUAGACACAUCUCCAAAGAACUCAGGAAAUCUCAACGUUACAAGCACGCCCUCGAGAUACUGACAUGGAUGGAAGCUCAAAAAAGCUUUCAAAUGCGAAUGUCAGCAGCUGAGUAUGCCAUCAGAUUGGAGUUGAUAAUCAAAGUGUAUGGUUUAUCAGAGGCUGAAGAGUAUUUUGAGAAUAUCCCCAACAGGACUGCACAGAGAGCAGCUUGUCGCCCAAUCCUUCAUUCUUAUGUAAAAGAAAGGGCCACCGAUAAAGCUGAGGCUCUCAUGUUAAAGAUUCAUGACUUGGGUUUGACUGUCGGCCCUCAUCCAUACAAUGAGAUGAUGAAGUUGUAUAUGGCUACAUGUCAGUUUGAAAAAGUAGCAAAUGUGAUCCAACAGAUGAAGCAGAACAGGAUACCACUUAAUGUUCUCUCUUACAACCUCUGGAUGAGUUCAUGCAGUGAAUUGUCAGGGGUUGCAUCAGCGGAGAUGGUGUACAAGGAAAUGAUGAAUGACAAGAAUGUGAAAGUGGGUUGGAGCACCCACUCUACAUUAGCCAACAUCUAUAUAAAAGCAGGCCUGGUUGAUAAUGCCAUUCUAGCCCUCAGGACUGCAGAACAGAAGUUAUCAACUUGUAACCGUCUUGGUUAUUUCUUCCUCAUUACACUAUAUGCUGCUUUAAACAACAAGGAAGGAGUUCUCCGGCUCUGGGAAGCCAGUAAAUCUGUAGGGCACAAAAUGACUUGUGCCAACUACAUGUGCAUAAUUCUAUGUUUGGUGAAGGUUAAUGAUAUUGAAGAAGCUGAGAAAGUCUUCAAGACAUGGGAGUCAGAGUAUGGGAAGUAUGACAUCAGAGUUUCCAAUGUCCUUCUUGGUGCCUACAUGAGGAAAGGAUGGAUGGAGAAAGCUGAAUCACUGCAUCAGCACACUUUGGAGAAAGGUGGUUCUCCAAAUUAUAAGACAUGGGAGAUUCUCAUGGAGGGAUGGGUGAAAAACCAGCAGAUGGAUAAAGUCAUUACUGCCAUGAAGAAAGGGUUUGCUAUGUUGAAGCAUUGUCAUUGGAGGCCAUCGACUGCAAUCAUAAUGUCCAUUGCAGAUUACUUUGAGGAACAUGGGAAUCUCGAGGACUCGAAGAAAUAUGUGAAGGUUCUCCAGAAGUUGGGUCUUGUUAGUUUGCCAUUGUACAAGUCAUUGCUCAGAGUGCAUAUUCGUGCUGGGAAACCAGCUCCAAAAGUCCUCUUGAUGAUGGAUAAAGAUAAAAUUGAAAUAGAUGAGGAGGCAUCUGCACUCAUUAGAAGUCUCAAUAAGAUCUCUAUCGAAGAUAAAGCUUAGCAGUGUUGCACAGAAACUAACAGGGGAUUACAGAUUAAUGCCCUAGGUGUAGGGGAAUAACACCAAUCCAUCACAAACUUGGUGGUUAAAAUUUGUUGCAGUCAUGAUAUUGUGAGGUCUUGUGGUAAAAUAGCUCGAUGCCAGGGUGAUAAAAUGUUUAACACCUCUCAUUCUUUUUUGGGUUUCUCUGGUCUGUCCUCCCCAUAUAGGAAUCUUUUUGGGGUGUUUUUUGGACCGUAUGAUCUAAUGAUCUAAGCACAUAGAUCUAAUCUGUUGAUUUGGAAUAAAAUAUGUAUUGUAUUGGAUA